AUGACGGCAGAAGAGGUAAAUCCAGAGGAAGUUGUUAAACAAGUGUUAGAAAAGUUUAAAGCAGGAGUUUCUAAUGAUGAUUUAAUAUUAUUAACACCUAAUCUUGAUCAAACGAGCCGUGGUAAUGCCAUCAAUAAUCUUUUGGCUCUAGGAAAAAUUGAAAUGCUUUCUCAAGGUGGUGGUGGAGGAUUCACAUUAAGAUUAUGUACUGGAACAAAGAUAACUGGAGCUACACCUGAAGAACAAUUAGUAUAUUCAUUAAUAGAGGAAGCUGGAAAUAUGGGUAUUUGGAUUCGAGAUAUUAGAGAUAAAAGUGGAUUAGCUCAAACACAAAUGAGGCGAGUACUAAAAAUGUUAGAACAAAAGAAAAUUGUUAAAUCUGUUAAAGCGGUAGGAACAACAAAAAAAUGUUAUAUGCUUUCAGAUUUAGAAGCAGAUUCCUCCUUAACUGGAGGAACAUUUUUUUCAGAUCAACAACUUGACACACAAUUUAUUCAAACAUUAGUACAAGUUUGUGUACAAAUGCUAUUAACUAAACGAAAAUCUGCCGAAGCAAAUAAUCCUACAGAUUUUUUUACAGCUAGAGAAAAUUCUUUUGUUAAAGUUUCUGAAGUUAAUAAUUAUAUAAAAAGAGCUGGAGUUAGUAGGAUUCCAUUAGUUGAAUCAGAUGUUGAAAGUAUUCUUGAAGUCGCUGUAUUAGAUGGAAAAGCUGAAAAACGACCGGGUUUUUUAGGACAAGAGGCUAGUUAUCGAGCAACAAGGGUGGUCAACUCAAGAACAAUGACUAAUUUAAUGAAUACUGUACCUUGUAUGCAUUGUCCUUUGAUAAAUGAAUGUAAUAUUGGACAUGUAAUUAGUCCAGAAAAUUGUGAACAUAUGAAUUCAUGGUGUUGA